ACCAGGGCUGCAUGAAUGAGUAAAGUCACAAAUAUUUCCUGUCAAAUCCUGAUAAAUGUCAGACAUUUGGACCUCCUGUCCGCCUGGUGGCGCUAUGGCUUCACCGAGUUCCUAACCGCCGAAAAGACCACAGAAGAAGAUCGCGCUUUUCUGGGUUUGGCUCUGCCGGCCGCCGUACGGACUCUUUCAGCCCGUCAUGGUUCUGGAGAAGAAAAGUUCGGGUCAGUUCUGUCGGUUCUGCUGGUUUUGUUGUUGCAUCGGCAGCGAAUAGAGAAAAGCCUGCUUCGGCUCCGCUCGGCUUGUCUCGCCCGGGUGGAGGCGGGUCAGCGCCGGGUUCUGGAUGAAGCCACCCGGCAGAGGAGGCUGACCCGGCAGCUGGAGGCUCUGGAGAAGGACAACUUCCAGGACGACCCUCUGUCCUCCCUCCCUCCUCCGGGUCCGACCGCCCGCCUGCCGGCCUUCAGUGAGACAGAGGAACCCGAGAAGAAGAGGAGGAAGACGAGGGGAGACCACUUCAAGCAGCGCUUCAGGAAGAACUUCACGGCCCUGCUGGAGGAGGAGAAUUUGUCGGAGAGGCCGGAGCCUAACUACCUGUCUGCUGCGGCCCCGCCUUCCUCGCUGCCCCCCCGUCACUUUUGCUGCGUGUGCGGGUUCCCCUCCCACUACACCUGCAGCACCUGCGGGGGGCGGUACUGCAGCUGCAAGUGUCUGAGCACGCACAGAGAAACCAGGUGUCUGAAGUGGACGCUCUGACGCCCUGUCGCCGUGGUGAUGAGGGAGUUGUGGGGGGGUCUUCAGAUGACAGGAGGUGCCCCCACCCCAUGAGGAGCAGCAGCUCCACCUGCUCCAGAUUCUCCUGUAGCUGUUCUUGUAAAUAAAUAGUUUUGUUAUAAA